AUGAAAGUCUCUCGGUCCACGGCGCUCGCCAAAACCCUGCGCGGGGCCUGCCGAGCGCGCUGCGGGACACCGGCUACGACGAUCGCUGUGAGCCGGAGGAGUAUCGCCACAACUUCCGGCGGUUUUGUCACCCAACAGCAACAACAACCCAACCAUCCACCACAACGCCAACUCCUCGCCUCUCGCCCAGCCACUACUCAAACCCGCCAUUAUGCAUCGGCACCCGCGUCCAAGGAGGAAAACCUCGACAUAACCCCCCUCCACCCUCUCCAUCUCGCCCACAACGCCAAGCUGGUCCCCUUCGGCGGCUUCUCCAUGCCCGUGCAGUACCCCUCCCACACCGUCUCCCAAUCCCACGUGUUCACACGCGCCCACGCCUCCCUCUUCGACGUCUCGCACAUGGUUCAACGCCGCUUCACCGGCCCUGGCGCGACCGCCUUCCUGGAGCGCGUCACGCCGUCCGGCAUCGGCGCGCUGGAGCCGCACCGGAGCACUCUGUCGGUUCUGCUGAAGGCGGACGGGAGCGGGGGUAUCGUAGAUGAUACCGUGAUUACGAGGCUAGGUGGUGGUGAGGAGAAGCCGUAUUACUAUGUCGUGACCAACGCUGGGUGCCGGGAGAAGGACGAUGCGUACCUCUCGGAGGAGGUGCAGAAGUGGAACCAGGAGUUCGCGGGGCAAGGCUUGGAGGUGGUCGAGGAGCGGUGGCACAACACCGGGCUGCUGGCGCUGCAAGGGCCCGAGGCGGAGACCGCGCUCAGCUCAAUCUUAGCCGCCGAUGACCAAGGCUCAGUACCGGACCUGCACAAGCUCUUCUUUGGCCAGUCCGUCUUUGCCAACCUCAAACUCCCCAACGGCUCCGUCACCACCAAGCCCGUGCUCAUCAGCCGCGGCGGGUACACCGGCGAAGACGGCUUUGAGAUCUCCAUCCCAGCCACCGACACCGUCGCCGUAGCCGAAGCCCUCCUCGCAGCCGGCGGAGCCGACAACAAACAAGUCCAACUCGCCGGUCUCGGCGCACGUGACAGCCUCCGCCUCGAAGCCGGCAUGUGCCUGUACGGCCACGACCUCGACGAGACCACCACCCCCGUCGAGGCCGGGCUCAGCUGGAUCAUCCCCAAGGACCGCCGCAGCGCCGACGCGGGCUACUACGGCGCCGAGCUCAUCGCGAAGCAGCUCGUGCCCAAGACCAAAGGUGGCGCGGGCAUCGACCGGCGUCGGGUCGGGUUAGUCGUUGAGGGCGCCCCCGCGCGCGAAGGGGCCGAUAUUGCUACGAAGGUGGAAGGGGGAGGGACCAGGAAGAUUGGCGUGGUGACUAGUGGGUGUCCGAGCCCGUCGGUGGGGAAGAACAUUGCUAUGGGGUACGUUGAGGAUGGGUUCCACAAGGCUGGGACGGCGGUCCAGGUGGUGGUGCGCGGGCGGCCGCGGAUCGCGACCGUGACGAAGAUGCCGUUUAUUGAGACCAAGUACUACAAGGGGGCUUGA